AUGGUAUAUAAAAUGGCAAUAUCCAAUCAAAUAAAAUUAGGACUAUUUAUUCCAUUUCAAAUUCCAUCAAUAAUCUGUCACAUAUUUUUAAUUUAUCAUCUCAUAUUUAAUCGACAACUACGGCAAGCUUUACAUAAUCAUGUUAUACUUACUUUUUUAAUAACCAAUUAUUUAUUAAUAACCAUUGACCUAUCAAUGGCAUAUUAUUUUCUUAAUCAUGAUCCUAUCAAAGAAAAUAGUGGAAAUUUUUGCCUAGCAUGGAAUUUUAUUGAUUCAUUUUUAUCAAGUUUAUCAAUAUUUUUAAUGAUGUGGGCAUCAUUUGAACGUCAUUUAUUUAUUUUUUAUGAUCGUCAAAUAUUCAAUAACAAGUUAAAACGUUUUAUCUUUCAUUAUAUACCAAUAAUAAUAUUAAUUAUUUAUACAUUUAUUUUCUAUUUUAUUGCUAUUUAUAUUAGUCCAUAUUGUUCAAAUAGUGAACAUUUUGAUUUUAAUGAAGUAUUUUGUGAUCGAUCAUGUUACAUACAUCAUGUUAUAAUUUUAUCAUCAAUAGAUUUAAUAAUCCAUAAAGUAUUCUGUUCAAUACUUAUAUUUUCUCUUAAUUUAUUUUUAUUGAUACGUAUUUUUUAUGAAAAAAGACAACGUAAUCAAAUUAUAAGAUGGCGUAGACAUAAAAGAAUGACAAUACAAAUUUUAUCUAUAUCAACACUAUACUUUAUUGGAACAUUACCAAGCGCAAUCUCAGAGUCAUUGCAUGUAUUUGUAGAUGGUGAUUAUAAUGACGAAGAAUUUAUGAUACAACGAGAAGUCUUUUUAUAUCUGUUUUAUCUUACUUCUUUAAUUAUACCUUUUAUUUGUUUGAUGAGUUUUCCAGAAAUUUAUCAAAAAUUACGUUUUCUACCUUGUUCAAAACGACCACCAAAUAUCGUAUUUAAAAUAGCAUAUUCAGCACAUCGAAACCAAGUAGACAUUCCUGUUUUAAAUAGAAAAAGAGCAACAAUGGAGCCAGCGUGA